GUCACGCGACGGUCUUCCUGGGUCCGUGGAGGGCGUGGCGCUCUGCCCGUGACUCGGUCUCGGCGGUGGGAGUCAUGGCCACUCGUCGAGCUCUGCACUUCGUAUUCAAAGUGGGGAACCGCUUCCAGACGGUGCAUUUCUUUCGAGAUGUCCUGGGGAUGCAGGUUCUACGCCAUGAGGAAUUUGAAGAAGGCUGCAAAGCUGCAUGUAAUGGGCCUUAUGAUGGGAAAUGGAGUAAAACAAUGGUGGGAUUCGGGCCUGAGGAUGAUCAUUUUGUUGCAGAACUGACAUACAAUUAUGGCAUUGGAGACUACAAGCUUGGCAACGACUUCAUGGGAAUCACACUUGCUUCCAGCCAGGCUAUCAGCAAUGCCAGGAAGCUGGAGUGGCCACUCAGUAAAGUUGCAGAAGGAGUUUUUGAAACUGAGGCCCCAGGAGGAUAUAAGUUCUAUUUACAGGAUCGAAGUCUACCCCAGUCAGAUCCUGUAUUAAAAGUAACUCUAGCAGUGACUGAUUUCCAGAAGUCCUUGAACUACUGGUCUAAUCUCCUGGGGAUGAAAAUUUAUGAGCAUGACGAGGAGAAGCAGAGGGCUUUGCUGGGCUAUGCUGAUAACCAGUGUAAGCUGGAGCUACAGGGCAUCAAGGGUGCAGUUGAUCAUGCAGCAGCCUUUGGAAGAAUUGCCUUUUCUUGUCCUCAGAAAGAGUUGCCAGACUUAGAAGAGUUGAUGAAAAGGGAGAAGCAAUCGAUCCUGACUCCACUGGUGAGUCUGGAUACUCCAGGGAAGGCAACAGUGCAAGUAGUCAUCCUGGCCGACCCUGAUGGACAUGAAAUUUGCUUUGUUGGGGAUGAAGCUUUUCGAGAACUUUCUAAGAGGGAUCCAAAAGGAAGCAAGUUAUUGGAUGACGCAAUGGCAGCAGACAAAAGUGAUGAGUGGUUUGCCACGAGAAAUAAACCGAAGGCUUCGGGUUAAUGGAAGCCGUGGGAGAGCAGCACUUACACCUGCAGUCUAGCAUCUGAGGCCCAGCACGUCUGUUUACAAUCAAUACCCCACCACUUAGUGUGUCCAGCAUAGACAAGGAGGCUCGUGUGGUAGUUCCACUCUUCAAAGCUCUGUUGUGUUUUAGAAAUGAAAUGUUAUUUUUAUCAUUCUUGGUAGAGGUGAACUCCUGUGUGUAAUUGUAUUAAGUUGGUUGUCCAGACUGAGACAGCUCUAUAUGGAACAUUAUUACCCUUGGCUGGGGAUGGAGGAAAAUUUCAUUAACUGUGAAUCACGUUGUUAAUAUUGGAACAAAUGUUCAAAUGAAGCCAAACCAGCUGGGCAUGGUGGCACACGCCUUUAGUCCCAGCACUUGGGAGGCAGAGACAAGAGGAUCUCUGUGAGUUCGAGGCCAGUCAGGACUACAGAGAGAGACCCUGUCUCAAACAAAACAAAUCAAAAAAAGCCAAACCAACUGCUUAGAGUGCUGAUGUUUCCAGGUGGAUCUUACCAUCAAAGGUCUUGACGUUUAAAGAAACUUUUUCUUUUGGCUUUCCAAGACCAUCUCCCCUGAUAGCACAGGGUAGCCCCCUGAUAGCACAGGGUAGCCUGUCCCUUCGCUAUGGAGCUCAAGGUAGCUUUUAACUUUUUCCCGUUGAGACAGAGUCUCACUUUGUAGUCCUGGCAGGCCUGGAACUGUGUCAACCAGACUGGCCUCAAACUCUCAGAGACCCACCUGCCUGCCUCCUGCUCGGAUCAAAGGCACAGGCCACCCUGCCCAGUGGCUUGAACUUUUGAUCUUCCUGCCUCAGCCUUCAGUGCCGGGAUUAUAGAUGUGUGCCACUAUUCCAGAUUUAAUGGGUUUUUUGUUUCAUUGCUUUUUAAUAGAUUUUAUCCUGGGGCUGUAGCGAUGGCUCAGUGGUUAAGAGCACUGUCUGCUCUUCCAGAGGUUCUGAGUUCAAUUCCCAGCAACCACAUGGUGGCUCACAACCAUCUGUAAUGAGAUCUGAUGUCCUCUUCUGGCUUAUGGCAAACUUGCAGCAAGAACACUGUUUACAAAAUAAAAUAAAAAUAAAUCUUAAAAAAAAAAAAAAAAGCCCCAGUUGCUCUUCUAGAGGACCUGAGUUUGUUCCCCAGCACCCACAUGGCUGCUCUGUCUGUAAUUCUAGUCCCAGGAGAUCCAGCACCCUCUUAGUGCCGUUGAAGGCAAUGCGUAUACAUGGUACACAUACAUGCAUGCAGGCAAAACACCCAUGUACAAAAAGAUUAAGAAAAAUUAUCCUUUGAAUAAAAAAAAAUCUGGGUAAUUCUUCACCUUGAUUUUAUAUUUUGAAUAACUAGAGAAAACAAGUGUUUAAUGAACAAAAUAUUCACAUUUCUGUGGGCCUGGUUCUGUACUAUUUUCUUGAUAAAAUGGUUUUAGUCAUCUUUAAAAUGGAUUAAAUUAUUUCUUCAGCCUGAAAAA